GAGGAAUUCACACGACAUGGAUGUUUUCACAUGAAGGAUUAACAAAUAACUCUAUAAAGCAGUUGGAUUAUACCAUCACCUCAAUGACGUCAUCAGAAUUUACAAGAUUCUAAAGCUGAACUCGGGGUAAAGUUAAUAAAGGAGUAAUGCCGUAUCUGUUUCACCGCUGAUGCCCACAGUGAGGUCCGUAAUGUCUCUAGAGGCGACAUCUUCUGGCCAUGUUCAACACUACGCCAACGGAGGAACAAACACCCCCGCAGCCAAUCAGGCUCAUCCUGGCUUCAACCCAGUCGAUUAUCAAGCCGAAUUCGCCGCACAGAAUGCUUUUGCUUCGCAGGCAAAUUACGGACAGUUGAUGUUCAACAACCAGGCGAACUAUCUUGCUCAAUGUGCAGGAUUCUUCGGACCAGAAGGAUUCCCGUAUGUGCCAAAAUCUGUCGGUUUGAACCACCAUUCCCAGAUCUCCCCGCAUUAUUCGGAAAGUUUGAGUCAUGAGAAAGGACAUCAUGGCAUGGAUGAGAGGUCGACUCGGCUGCCACCUAUUAGCAGGUUAACAAAUUCGGAUGGUUUAAAGGAUCACCCGCUGUUGCCCCCGAGCAUUGGCGGUAGUCACCAGAAUGAACAGUUUCCAAACUCUCAUCACGGUGCCUACCCCAACAGUGCUGCCAUCUAUAGUCCACGUGGUAAUCAUGGUAACAGCAACAUGUCAAGUUCAAGCAGUAGCCAAUCACAGAGUAGCCCGUUCCGAGGGGGACGUCCGCCGCACAUGAAUUACAGCCCGAUACACCAGGGGGCACAAUCCGGUAGCAACUCUCGGUCCAAUUCAUUUACCUCUAGCCCCGCGAACAGUUCGUUCGGAUCUGGACAGCGGCCUAGUUUUAGUCCCGGACAAGAGAGGGCAGCACAGGACAAAUCUAUGAAGCGACAACAAUCAGAAUUCCCCGACGAUCUUACUCGGGAGAGCGGUUCGCCGAAACGAGAUCUCAGUUCAGAACAAGAAUUCCAGCGCAACUUCGUCGAGGCUUUACGACGCUCGGGUCGCCUGGAUGACCGCAAUAACCCACUACCUACCUCAAUGUCACAUGACCCUUAUAGUACGCUAACGCCAUCUAGUCUGACCGCCGCUCAACUACAAGGCAGCCAUACAUUGACGGGGCCUCAACCUGGUCCCCAGAAUCUACCUCCCCACACCAGCUCAUCAGCAUCUGGCACCGGUUUUUCUGCCGGUGCAGAUGUCAAUCCGUCUAUGAUUGCCAUUCCUAACCAGUCUACCUCAGUGCCACCUAUUGGCCACAAGAUCUCUGACAUCCCGCUCGGAACGGCGGUUGAAUUUACAUGUUCAAAUAACGAAGACUUUAAGCAUGGCUUUGAUAAAAUUGCAUUGGAUUCGAAGUUGAGUUCUGACUUUAAAUCUGAUUUUCAUAAGAAACAGGGUUCGGAAAGAUUGGGCUUAGACUCACAGCCAGAGAAGGAAAGACCUGGGGAAGUAGGAAGUCCGACAGGUCAGGAUGGUCGGCCUAAAUUUGACACUCAUGUACGCCCUGAAUUCGACUCCGAUUUUGAAAAACCCAAAUUUGACUCAGAGUUUCAAAAACCAAAAUUUGACAAAGAAAGUCACGAUUUCGAAAGAUCUAACACAACUGAUAAACCGGUUUCAGAAAGACCAGUGUUUCCCCCACGAUCAGAUUUCCACGCUCAAUCUACCCAAGAUGCGGAUGAUGCCGGCGACGAUGUGAAACCAGAUUUGAAAUCUGGAUCAGAUGCUCAACCAGACAUGGAUUCCCAACCGGAAAUGGACUCGUCACCGAUAAACGCCACCUGUAAUCUGGUACCAAAAAUAGAACCGGGGACAGAGGAGGAGGAGAAGGAUUCGAACGAAAAACAUGAAACGAAAUCGGACGAAAGUCCGGACAAGUCGUCCGGAUUUGACACCUCGAUGGAAAAAUACGGUCCGGAUACUUCUAUGGAGAAGUUAUCCGGUUCCUGUGAUUCCGGUGCGGACCGCUUUGACCGGCAUUCUGACUCUGAUCACAUGGAUUUUGCUCAUUACCGUCGCGAUAGCUCACCGGACAUGAUAGGCGGCCACUCUGAUGUCAACUCGGUGACGUCAUCAAGUAUGUGCCGGUCGCCAAAGAUGGGCGAUGUGGCGUACCCACAUUGGAGUCCUGAUGGCAUCCCGCCUGGUCGUCUUGAACAGCAGGCGGCGCUACUGGCACUGGAACAAACCGGAAGCGGAAAGGAGAUCUUUUUCUGCCAUCUUUGCAGUUAUUCAGGGAACUCCAAAUUUCAUUUUAACUCUCAUAUGAACAGUCACUUUGAGCACAGAUGCCCACACUGUGACUAUACUUCAAGAACUGAGGGACGACUAAAACGUCAUAUCAAAGAUUUCCAUAGCGAGGUUCCGCCCGAGAACUUCUCUGGAAACCGUACGAUGAGGAACAGCCCGGGUACGCCGGGACGGCCGAAGGUCUACAGGUGUAAACAAUGCGAGUUUGUAGCAACAACGAAGGUGGAAUUCUGGGUGCAUGCCAAAAUGCACAUAAAGGAAGACAAAAUCCUCCAGUGUCCGAAAUGUCCAUUUGUGACGGAGUACAAACACCAUUUGGAGUAUCACUUACGCAAUCAUUUCGGGUCGAAGCCGUUCAAAUGCACAAAAUGUAACUAUUCGUGCGUGAAUAAGUCGAUGUUGAACAGUCAUAUGAAGUCGCAUACGAACGUAUAUCAGUAUCGCUGUGCAGACUGCACUUACGCAACAAAAUACUGUCACAGUUUGAAGUUACAUUUACGAAAAUAUCAACACAAGCCGGCGACGGUUUUGAAUUUGGACGGGAGUUUGCCAUUGGAUGAAACAGUCCAGGGUGAUUUAAUGACGCCGCGUCGCGGCCCUCCGCGGGGCCCCCGCGGACCACGCAAGGAUAAAGACAAUAUGCUUGCGCCGCAGAACAUCAUGCCACUACCUCAUCAACAAAUAAACGGACCUCGACUAAUGAACGGCGCGAUAUUACCGUCAAUGUAUUGGCCGGUUUUGAACCAGAUGUCCAACGGUUUACACCCCCCUCUACCUCCCCCACUUAUACCGGUCACAAAUAUUGGUACGUUGGGACUCGGGCAGUUAAGUAAGCAAAUCGAGGCCAUGAACAAGGAAAUGAUCUCUGGGCCGUUUCGGUGCAACUUGUGUGAAUUUCACGGCGAGAACCGUGAGGGUUUGAACGCGCACAUGAUCAAGGUUCAUGCCGCGGAGAAUCAGGACUUGUUCUCCGCAUUCGGGAUUUCGUCGGAUUCGCUCGUUGAUGAGCAGAUUAAGGGAGAUAAUACGGGUAAGAAGUUAAUCCAGGCAGGACUUAAUCCAAAUCACCAUGCGUCGGAUAACGACUCACAUAUGAAGGGUUCGAGUCCGCAACCCUGGCCAAAUGGGGGCGCUGCUCCUGAGGAAAGCAUGAGCGGUGACUCCCAGAAUGUUCCGGACGGAUAUUACAAACUUUCUGCCUCGACAUCGUAUAAUUCUCGCCCAGUGUCGCGCGAGAGUAACAACAGUACACCAAAGAUACAAGAAAACGGCGAGUGCGGUUUACCGCUAGAUUUGACGAAAAGAAGUAAUAGUAUUGAUGCCAGUAGCGCCACUGAUGGGAUGUCACCAAAACCAAAGAGUAACGCACCAUUCUCCCGUAAGCGUCGUAUCUUGGAGGGCCAGGUGAGCCAGUCACCUGUUACGGAAGACUUCCAGCAGGGUUCGCCCAAUCAGAGUCUAUCACCAACGCCAAGGAAACGCUCCCGGAAGGGGAAGGCAUAUAAGUUAGACACGAUAUGUAUGAAAUUGCAGGAGUCUGGCGCGGAAUCAGAUUCAGAUGGGUACUCGCCGGAUCAUAGAGACAACUGUACAUCCGGACCGCAGGCCGGUUUGCAUCAGGAGGACCGGUUAUCCGGCGAGGACGGUGAGAACGAAAUGCGCGAGAUGCGCGAAAGUGAAAUACGGGAACUUAACGAAGUGAAUGAAAUGAACUCAAAUAUCGAUUACAGCGCAAUCCACGAUAGUUUAAGUAAAUUGAAUAACGAGCUAGGAACCAGAUGCGACCAAUACGGUUUUAAUGGCAGUAACGGUUUGAAACCGGUCAAACCGUCGCCGUAUCACCGCUUGAACAUGUUAGCCAAUAGCAUUGAAGCUUCUUUACAACGACAGCAGACGGACUAUCCGGAGAUCGCAGAGGAGGACGGAGCAGAUACGCCGGUCCAUCUUCAGAACGGCGACCCGCUCAGCGACAGUGGCGGCAGCAAUCAGGGAUUAGAUGAUAUGAGCCAAGAAAAGGUCAAAGGUCACACGAUUACGAUGAAAGGCAAUAACUACCAGUGCCAGUAUUGUGACAUCGCUUUCGGCGACUGCGUCAUGUACACGAUGCACAUGGGUUACCAUGGUUUCCAAGAUCCAUUUCAUUGUAAUAAUUGCGGCUUUCACGCCAAAGAGAAAGUGGAGUUUUUCCUCCAUAUUGCACGGGUAGCGCAUACAUAAUUCCAGGAUUGACCACUAGGGGGCCACAACCAAAAAUCUUUCAAAACAUUAAGAUUAGACUUGUUCUUGUUUGCGAGUGGUUUUGAAUUUGCAAACUGUCCGAUUCCUAAAACAACAACUAAUUUCCCAAAAUUAUGAAUAUUUUAAAGAUUUUUGUGGAUAAAUGUAUUGUCGCCCCUGGAAUGGCCUCCUUGGUUUAUCUCUGUGCUGAAAUUCAAUCUCUUGCUGCUAAACUAUUCCAGAUAUUUCGUGGUGAUAUUAGAGGAGGGUGAGAGGUGAAGGACACUUCACUCGAGGUCAAGGUCGUCCAAAUGGUUGUCGGAAGGUCAAGGUCGCCUGAUGGUCGACCAUGCCAUAUACACUUUCUAAAAUGGUGCCGAAUAUGUUGCUAUUACUCUGCGAUGCUUUUUGCAUGUUUUUGCAAAUGUUGAUGUUUUUUGUGUAGUGGUGUUACUGGUAAAAAGUUGCUGGUGGCGCCGCCCUAUUGAUGUUAGUGUAGUGUGCUGUAACCUGACGCUGCUAUAAUUCAAAACAAACUACUGCUGUCUAGGGGUGAUAUGUCUUCGAUUAUUACUCUUUUUAAUUUCCAAGGUCAUUGUAUGACCUUCAGAUGUCACAUUUUCAAGGUCAUUGUAAGUUUUGCUGAUAUUAUCAAUGUUUGUGAGAAAAAAAUUAUUGUCAACUUUCCUGUUCUUGGUGGUGUAGAUGUUGCUAAAUAAUACGCAAAAUGUACGUUAAGAUAAAUUAGCAUAAGAUAAAAAUGGCGGGUGAAAUAAUAUACCAGGUGAAAAAUGUGAACCAUACGGCACUAAAUAUGUGUCUGCUAAAAAUUCUCUCUUUUUGCAGAAUGUUUCCAAUGAGCUUAACAAGUUUUUGUUUUGACGGUUUCCAUGGCAAUAUUGAAAUCGAAUAUAUCCAUAUAAAAAUUCAAAUAUUCUUGAAAAAUAUUCUGAAUUGUUCGUCAGAAAUUUUGGGUUGUGUUAUUCGGUGAUAAUUUAUACCACGUUCUACAGUAUUAUAUAAACUGUUGUGAUAAAGUCAAUUUCAGCCAAUAAAUUGCGAGUGCCGCUGUACAAUGAUGUACAUGCAACUGUAUGCACAGUACAGAAACAGCUGGCAAACUUGCCGUGAAAUCGACUCUUAUAAGCUCGAAAGUAGCUCGGCCACCAAGUGAGAACUGGUGAAUCUAUGAUUGAAAUUUUAUGAAACCUUGCCGUCACUACAGGCCUGGGAAUUACCUAUUUCAAACCUCCUCUUUCACGAUAUCGUCUUUUGGGUGGGUGUACUUUUCUAAUAGUUUGCUUUGCUUAGCUUAUGCUCCAGAGGACCAUGGGUAAUGUUUCGGUUAGCAUUUCAAAUAAGGCGUUUUCAAAGAAUUCUUCAAAUUCAGCAUUGAAAAACUUUCACCAAUUUUAUACGCAUUUCAGAAAAGCUAAGGAAUUUUCACUAUAACUAUUUAGAAACUACCAUUAGCUGAAAUUUUUUUUUGAAUUAUUUCGUUGGAAUUGACGAUUAAAAAAUGUAUCCAUCGUCUUUUGGAAUUACCUGCUUGUGCUUUAACUUUGCGCUUAUAGCAAUGACUAAAAGAUGUAGCCAUUUCUUAUUAUAUGGUGUAUUCACACCGUUCGUAUGUGUUUUUCAAUCGUUCAGAUAGAGCUCUUUUUUCUCAGGGAAUUAAUUGCAAGCAGCAGUUUUUUUGGAACGGACUAUAAUUUUAGCGUAGGUUUCGAAACUGUUCGACGUAUAUAUUUCUACAUACAGCUGAGCGUUGAUGAUUCUGUGUAAUGUGCAUUUUUCUCAUCGGAGAGCGCCCAAUUAAUAGCUGCUUGUAAACAUAAUGAUACUGCCACGAUAAGUUUUGUUUUAUAUAGUAGAACUCAGGAGUAAACAUCUUGGUUUCAAGGUGGAAGUCAUUGGUUGCCAUGGUAAUGUUGUGUUGCCAUAGCAACAACAUAUACUGUGUUGCCAUAGCAACAGCUGUCAUAACCAUGGCAAUUAUCUUUAUUUUGGUGUAGAAGAAGACAUUCCUAAUUUUUCUCGUUUCAUAUGUAAUGCUUUAUUCACAUAUUUUUAAACGCUUUAAGUCUGAAGGUUUUUUUGCGUGAAAUUUUUGAUUUUACGAGACCAGCUUACACAUUGUUUGCGUUCAGCCGAAAUCAUAUCAUAAAGCUCAAUGGUGGAUGGCAAUAAUACCAAUCAGGUCACAUGAUGAAUGUGGUCACAGGUGAUUGGUUGAUGUUUAGGUCACAUGACUCAAUUAAAUUAGCUCUAUCUGAACACUAGUAAUUUGGUAGCCAAGUAAAAAUGGUCUAGAUUGUACUCUCGUGCUUUAGUUGCUUGUAUAUUAAUGCAUUUAUCUUGUUAAAUUUAACUUUUUAUUUAUGAUUAGUUAGUAAUUGCUUUGCCAGGUGGCACUGUAUAUGCGUGUGCUUUGCUUUGUACUUUAGUAUUUGAAUCUGAAUGCUUUAUAAACAGUUGGUUGACGAUUUGAUAAACUAAACACUCCAGGAUGCAGUACGGGUCAUUGUAUAGUAGAACUGCUUAGCCUAGGGUUGUUUAUGAUGGUUUCCAUGGCCACCGACCUCCGACCUUGACCAUAUGGUGCAAAGGUGGAGGAACGAGCUGUAAAUACUGUACAUAUUGCGACCUUUCAUCACUUGUGACCUUGUGGCAUUCAAGGUCGGAUUUGGUUGGUAGUCAUGUUGUGACAAUGUGUUUGAUGAUAAUCUUUUAAUCGUUGCUAUGGUUUCGUUGUUGCGGAGUUCUUGUUGCUAUGGAGAUGUGGUUGCUUAGUUAUUGUUGCUGUGGAUACAUGGUUGCCAUGGUGACCACAAUGCUUUUGCUGGUGCAUUUCCUCCGUGUUUUUUGUUUCCAUUUAUUGUACAAUGUCAAUAUGGAUCUUCUAGACUCUUGUAAACUGGCUUAUUUCAUAUUCAACAAUCAAAAUAAUAAAAUCUGAGACAUACGAAUUUUGAAACAGUGACCAUAUGUAUCAGAAUAAUUUGUGCGAUUUUUUUCAAUUUUUGCGUGCCACCUAUUGGAACUAUUGAGGCGUGUCAGAUUAAUUCGUCCAAUCACUGUUGUGUCAUGUCUCAAUGUUCAAAUAGGGGGCGCUACAAUAAAUUUACUGCAAAACUUUCCUAGUCUGUUGCAAGUUUGGGCGAUUUUGAUUCAGUGAGUGAAAAACUUACAUUAUACAUAUGUUUGCCUCAGUUUUUUAAGAUAUAGGUCACAGAAAUUAUGUCACUAAAGCAGAGAAAAUCAGGAUCUUUGGGUGCAUUUAACUAAAUCGAUUAUUUUUGCAUAAAUAAUGUCCCGCCAAUUUGAUAAACAAAAUGCCAUCGUUUAUUAACGCGGUACCUCUUGCUUUAACGCAUAGUUUAUUGAGCGAUGCCGCUUGUACUCUAUGACCUGUGACUCAGAAUUCAGCCAAGAGGUUUUAAGCCAAGAUUUUAAGGCCAACAAAUAAAUUCCUAGCUUCUGUCCGGAAAAUGAAAAACACGUGAAACCUUCUGGCCAACAAGUAAAAUUCCUAUCUUUUUCCCAAAACAUGAAUGAUUCCACAUCAGAGUGUGAAUUCAGCCUAAUUCUUCUCCCCGAUAGAAUAUUUUUGUUUUUGCUUCUGAGUCAUAUACAUUGUAUAAUGUUAAGAGUUUAAUUCAUAUUGUGUUAUGCUUCUCAAAACACUCAACAUCAAUCAGAAACUUAAUUGAUUUUUUUUCCCACAAUGUCCAAAUAUGGAAAUUUGGUGACCAUAGCAACCAUUACAAGCAGGAAUCAAAUACUGUUCACUGGGACGGAUCUCCUUAGGAUGGGCACAACGGGAUGUCGUAAGUGCUGACAUUUUUUAGGCGCAAUUUUCCCGUUGUUGUCGUUGGUGUUUUUGCAAGCCACUUGCCGAUGUGUAGAAAUAUAUCUGUGUAAUAAUAUAUAAGCGUGGAGCAGAUUUUAAUUCGCCAAUGCUUUCUGUUGCAUGUUCAGGAUGACGAAAUUUCAUAGGUAAGGUAAAGUGGGGUAAAAUUUCCCCAUUUUACCUUAUUUUGAACAGGAUGCCAGGACUGUAUGAACUGUUAAAAUGGACUACCCAAACUUGAGGAAAAAAAUGAUACCACUUCCAAAAAUAAAAUUCUCAAUUGUCCGUCUCUAUUUUGUUUUUGGUUCUUCACAUCAAAUCUAUUGUGAUAUCAGCAGCACAACUGAUGAUUGGUUGGUGUCAGGUCACAUGACCCAAUUAAAUAAGCUCCAAGUGGACAAGUUCUUGGUAUCAUUAAAUAUACAAAAUGCGUAUGAAUUUUAGUCAUUCUUAACAUGGGACUUAAUCUGUAUUAAACCGGUUAUACCUUCAGUGUGUGAUUUAGUGCAGCAACAUGAUUGAUCCCUCGUCACUGGAAAAAAAAAAAAAAAAAAAAAAGGAAUAUCCGAAUUUCCUAAAAUUUAACUUUGCCAAUUUUCCCCGGAAAGUAUUUAUACUGUCAUUACAUAUAUAUUUCAUUAGAUCAUUUAUUUAAAUCAUCCAGAAAUGUUCCAGCUUAAAAAAAUAUUUUUUAUAACUCAUUAUUUUCAAUGGUAUUUGAAUUUGGUGCGAGUCGAUUAAAUUUAAAUUUUAUCCCAGAAUUGAAAACUAUUUUUCAGUGAAGAGAGGUUUCUUGUUGCCAGUGAAUCUGAAUGUUCGUCUGGUGAAAUUUAGUUAAUUAGCUAAUUAACUAAGAUCGUUAAUUAGUGGUUCUACUUCUUCCGUCAGCUGUCGAUGUGAUGAAAAGGUGUUGUCGCAAAUUAUUGGUGAAAAAAAAUCAAUUUGCAAUUCAACAAAAUUUAAUUUACAAUUCAAUAUAAGUUUGACUAGGUUUUAUUAAUACACAAAGUGCCCCUCUCGUGUGAAAUUCUGGCUGCCAUAUUCACCAAAACCCACCUUCCAGGUUUGAUGAACCAAGGUUUGGACGGAAUUGGUCAGACAAACAACAACAACAACAAAAAUCCAGAAAGUUGACCAUUAAUUUUUCAGUUCAAGUAAAAAGUUCAAAAUGGCCGAUUUUCAAGCCAGAUCUUCUGACCUCAGUAAGAUUACAAGACACACGCAGUGUCUAAAUUUUUUUGUCUGUAAUUUGCGACAAUGUCGGAAUUUAAUGUGAUAAAACUACGGCUGGCGAAAUGAUGUCGAUUGGUCCAAUAUAAUUAUGCAUAACACGGUGAACUCUUCCUGAUUGCAAGAUUAUAAUGUAAAAUAUGCUUUAUAUAACUUGUAAAUCCAUGCUAAGAAGAGCAAGAAUGCUUGUACAAUUAGUGUAUGUUUUUACAUUGUUUUCUUGCUCCUUUUUGGCUGGAAUAUUUGUUGUCUUUAAAUAGCAUAUUUUGAUUUGAGUGUUGAAGGACUGGAGAAAAGAGAUUCAAGAGAUGUUUGACAACUUACUAUCCUAGCCAAAAGUAAACUCCCACUGAAUAACAAGGGUGACUUUACUUUUGAAAAGAACUGUACCUAUAUAUCAUCAUCCAUUUGAAUAAUUUUGAUGGGUGGAAUCUGUCCUUAAAUGCUCAAAUAACUUGUGUAUUAUCGAAGGUAGCUUGGCGAAUUAAUAUCUGCAUCAAAGUAGUAUCAGAGACAAGUGGUUUGGUAAAGAAGAAGGUCUUUUAUGUAGAGAGUAUGACUGUACAUGCUUUUUUGUGAAUUUUUUAAAAGUCGGGCAGGGCUUCUCAGGUGUCCAAAAAGUGAAUAUUUACAAAGAAUUAUAUAUUGCCUGUCCGAGACUUUUUAAAAAAUACACUGAUCGAAACAAUCGGUCGAAAUAUCUACCUCAAGGAUUUAUCGAUAUAUUAUCUCGAAUCAUAUAAUUAUUAUCAUUAUUAUCAUUGAUUAUAUUUACUGCGGAUAAUAAAAGUUUUUAGAUGUAGUGUUUGUCACAUGUAUAAUUGAUCUGUAGUGUAGUGUGAAUCUGCUUGGUGGGCGCUACUUGAGGUCUUAUACAGCUUCAAUGUCUUUUCUCAGAAAUUUCUUAACAAACAAUAUUUACUCGUUUUUCGGCACAUUUUACAGGGUUUCAUGACUCUACGUCAGCUUCUAAAUUAUCAUCUUAAGAAAUCACAAUUCAUAAGAAAAACAUGAAAUUUUUUUCCACAAUACCUCAGCCAUGGAAAUACCAAGAUUGUCAGUGAUUGGUCAAUAUGGACUCGCCAACCGAUUGGUCGGUUCUUACCUCAUCUCUGAUUGGUCUCAUUCUGCCCUGCAUAGUAAGUUAUUCUAAUUAGUAAAUCGGUCUAUGUUUGUUGUGUAUUAAUCUGCUUCUGACUGUCCCAUGUUUGAAAAAAGUCCUGUAUUUGCUGUGUUAUACAUGUACAUGUUCCAGGCCUUAUGAGUAACAAUUUAUGUUAUACAUGUUCCUGACCUAAAAGGUGGCUUUCCCUCACACACAGACUAAACCUGGCAUGAUCGUAAUUAAGUAAAAAUCAAUACUUGUUCGCAUUCUCUGUUAAUGUUUCUUCCUUAAUUUAUAUUUGUCUCAAAUAAGAUACGUAACGGAUCCGAAAAGGUUAUUGUUUUUUUGUCAAAAUAAUUAUUUUCAAGCGAAACUGUAGCUUAAAUUAUUCUCGUCUUUGUCUAAUUGCUAAUUACUGUUAACGUAUUUGUGAAGGUCAUCUGAUUGACCUUUCAUCAUUUAAAGGUCACUUAUCGCAAGGUCACUUUCUCGGUCUUGACCUUCCCAAGGUCAAAUUUACGAAUUCUCAAAAUUUGGAUUGUGGUUCCAAAAUGAACCAAAAAUAUUUUUUGCCAAAUUUUCUUCAUGUCCACUGAUGUUAACUGCCAAAUUCUUGUGCAUCUUUAUCUUUGCAAUUCACAAAAACGUAAAUUUUCACACAUUUUAUUCGGACAGAUUAUGAAAUUUCCGUCAGUUAUUUGCGAAAUCUGCCAAUGAAAUUGCGACACAAAUUUGGUAGUUAACAGUUGUAGAAAUGUAUGUUUUAUUGGUGCUAGUGUUAUAGAUAAAAACAUACAAUUCAAAUGCCAUUGUCCGCUUGGAGCUGUAUAAUUGUGCCAAAUUGUGGAAUUUACCUUGUUAAUUACCUAUGUAAAAUUUGGUAAUUACAUGUAUAUGCAAAACACGCUGAUGCUGAUUUGGUUUAGCAAAUGUGUGCUUUAGAAGCGACUGGAGAAAAUUUGGGCAGAGAUAUUUGUUUCUAGUAUCGAGAAUACGAAAAGUAGGUAAUUUUCUGUAAUUUUUUUUUGGCGGAGUUUUUGUUUUUUCUGGGCCUUGACUAGAUCAAUAUGGCUGUCUAAGCUGUCGUGUGCGUUUGGACUCAAUUCAGCGAGAUCGACAAGGUUUCAGAACUCAGAUUUCCCCUUUAAUCCUGGACGGGUUGUUUGAACAGAAUAUAUGAAAUAGGUUUCUUCACAAAUUAAGCAAUAUUCAUUACAGAAUUCCGAUCUUGAUUAAGAAAAUCCUAGAAAUAGUUGCUGGUAUGUAAUUCAACAUCAUAACCGCACAGAGUUUGUAUUUCAAUGAACGGAUAUCUCAAAUUAUGUUUGACCUUCACCCGAAAAAUGAUAAGAUUAGUUGUAUUUCAGUUGUCAUGGAGACCAAAGGUCAAGUUCAUUAUACAUUUGACCUUGUACAGAGCAUGGUGUAGAUUCUCUAGAAUAUCAUCAAAUUUACAUAUUUAGCUCAUUGAUGCUUUCUGUAGUUGCAGUUCUGGACAUAUUGUGGCGCUACAAGUCCUUGUUAGGUCGCCCCAAAAUACUCAGCACGUGCCUAGCUUACUAGAUAGCGAUUGACUAUUUUAUAAAAUCAUUCCAGCGCAUGCUUGUUGUUUAAAAUGUCUUUCAAAUGCUUCUACCGGUUUUUCACAACGUCAGCCAUUUUAGAAGCACUUAGUGGCCUUUCAAGGUCGUAUAGCUGAGGUCAAGGCCACUUGACCUUCGAUUUCCAAGGUCAGGGUCAAAUUAUUUUUCAAGUAUUGCGCAAUACCUUGGUCUCCAUGCAUAUUUUUAAACUCUCAGUUACAGUAAUGAUACUUUUAAGGGUGUGAACACAUUUGGUCAGAACUUUUGUUAAGUUAUGAUAUUUUAUUGUGGGUGAGUCACCCAUUUUGAUUUUAAUGAUGAUCUCGUUCAAAAAACUGGGCAUGCUCUAGCUGCAUUUUCAGUGUAUAUAUAUAUAUCACCAUCAGUAAGCGGUGGGUAUACACCAAAUUGUGUAGUUGGUAUAUUUCUAAGUGGAGCCCGACUGGCUUAUCGUUUCUUGUAGAUUAUGUAUUUACAUUAGGGUUUUUGUUCGGGUGAAAUUGACAACAUGUAAAGUGACUGUAGAUAAAAUAUAAAGAAUCUUGGGUUUUUAAGACAGAGGCCCUUGGAUGUGCUGGUGAUUUACAUUAUCAUAAGGAUUAUCAUAAUAUUAGUGAUUAAUUAAGAAUAGAGAAUCAACUAAUUAAUCAUGCCCAUCUAACUGAUUGAUUAUAGAUAAUUGAUUUAGAUUAGUCAGUGAUUAUCUUUCAUUUGAUUAGUUAAAGGUGAUUAAUUUAUAAUUGGUUAAUAAAUUAUAGGCCAAAUAAGGCGUCAACUUUGCCACAUAUAGAAAUACACUACUAAUUCUUGUAAACAUAGAACUUGCGUAGUAAUUAGCUGUGAAAAAAACGACUCGUUGUGAAUAUUGUUAUAUGCCUAUUUAUUAUCUCUGUCGACACAAAACUACCUCAAACCAUGUCCCAGUUGUUCAAGUAUCGGCUAAUAGGCGGCAGAGUUGUGCUGUUUGGAAAAAUAGCUCUCACUCUAAGUAGGGCUAAAAAAAGAUAUGUGACAAUAAACUUGUUCGUAUUAAAGCCUGUUUUAGUGAACUGGAAAUUCAUAAAUCGUCUACCUCACCUUGGCAGAUUACCUCGCCGAUUUUGUGCUUUUAUAAAACGGCCACCAGGGGGCAUUGCAUUAUCUACCUCAUUCCAUGUGGUCACAGCACAACCAAGCCUUCAGACACUUCGGCCGAUGCUUAAACGCUCUGGAGACAAAAUGGCGGCAUUAGCUGACUGGACUUUGUCGCGCGCCGAUUUUUUCAUAAGGUGGGGACAUCUUGGCAUCCGACAUGUACAUGAUUUCAUCCAAUCAUCUUUUGUAAUUAUGGCCACUUUUUCCCAUUCAAGAGUUUCAAAGCUACCGGUACAUGUACAUCCCAUGAAUUUUACCUUUGCCAGGCUUCAGGACAAAUUGCCUGUUCUUCUUCUUGAAAUAUGUAAACUCGUUCCUUCGGAACAGCUGCAAGGCAACUCAAGGUCACUUUUCAAUGUCAUUCCGAAGGCCAAUGAAAAAGUAUUGUGGCUUAUUUGUGCAAUUUAUAUUCCGUCUUGGUUUGUUUACAUGGUCACACAUUCUGCGAAUGCUUACUGGUAACGAAGGAUAUUGGCAAGAAUUAGUCUUUAUCCAUUCUUCGUGAUAUAUAGAAAAUUUGCAGAGAAAUAUGGAAAUGCCUUUAUUCCAUUUAAACGUUUUUCGGCGAUUUGGUGUAAACCUACCUUGGCCAAAUCUGCCUCCUGCCUUUGGUCUCCCAUUAAGUAAUGAGGACCCAAAAGGUGUUUUGUGCGUUUCUGUACCAAGUGACCGACUGUACUGCUUUCCGUCUUCCCUUUCCCUGUAGUACUUGGUGUGCAUUCUGCCACAAUUUGUCGACCAACUUUGAUCGUCAUUGUCAUAUGCUUCCCAUAACCUGUACAAGGUGUCGCUGCAUUCGCCUUCCUGAAAUCAAGUAUUCUGUUUUUUGCCUCUCCGUAUUUUUGAAAAAUGUGUUAAAAUGCUUUAUUUUGGAGACAGUAUUUUCUACUCACUUCUUGUGGUGAAUGGUCAAUUUAAGUAGAAUCAUAAAGGAAUACAAAUAAAGGUCGCGCUUAGAAUUACGUACUGUAAUUCUAAGUGGGAUCUUUACGUUUAUUCCUUUAUGGUAGAAUCUUGUAAUUUGUGCUGUAAUAUCUCCACUGUAAGACUGGUCCCUUUAUAUCAAUAUAAGUACUGGUGGUGCCAUCUUUUGGGUUGCUCCAAGUCCAUUCGGGAAACUAGCACAAUUGGAAAUGUUGUCGGGCAUAUAAUACGUCAUUGUCUCCUCUGCUGUAUACAUGUAAAGUGCCCUACAUUUUAUUUCUCAUGGACACAGAGGAUAAUGUGAUCGAACAGCGCUAUCCUGGUGGAUUUGUAGGAGACUGCCAGGUUCGUAGUAAGCCAAGUUUCGAGUUGGUAUAUGUUACCAAGAGACCAGACUGUCUGGGCACCAAUGAAUAACACAGGCAAUUGAGUGGCCACAGGCAAUUGAGUGCCCACAGGCAAUUGAGUGCUCAAGUUCAUCGCAGUCUAAGCCUGGUUUCUAGUGAGAUCUUCUGUAAAUUUUGCCUUGAAUCGGGGCUUGCCACAUUAAUGAAUUCAAGCACUCUGUUACUUAUUCCCAGGGCUGAUGCAUAGUUUUGUGUACGAGGUAAAUAAUUUGACAAUGUUAUUUAAACUACAGUCAAUGUUGGUGUGCUUUACGCAAAGCUCCAUAUCCAAUUGUAGUGCGUCUCAAUUUCAUUUACAGUUACCAAACUAUGAUAACUUUCCAAACUUUAGACACUUAUUACAUCAGACUGAUAUUCUAGUGGUACAGAUAUUGGGAAAAGUGGUUACAGAGGUCAUAAACAGGACUUGGUGACAUCAUUCACUUUUUUCAACAUCCAUAAACACUUUGUUUUUAUUCAUCAGGGGUUUAUUUUUCAAGUAAGGGGUAUCAAAUGUUAUGUCAUCCAAACUGGAAGCCUAGAGUGUUCCGAAAACAAACUUAACCAUUUUUUGGGACACCAAUUAUAUUCAGCUCUCUGUGGGGCUGUAUACAAAUUGUUUGACUUGAACUGGAACUAUGUACAUGGUGUUAUAAAAAAAUCCUUACAUUUUGGAACACACCAAUUUACAUAAACUGCAAUCUUGUACAGGGUGUUCCAACAAAAUUUGCCAUUAUGUUCAGCAAACUGGAAUCAUGUUCAGGGUGUCCUAAAAGUAUUUCUCUAUUUUUUGAAACACCCUAUAUAUACAGCACAUUGUUCUGCUCAGGUGCUUCUCACUCUCUUCCAUGCUAACUUGAGCCAAGAUGUACAUGCACCCACUGUAGAUAAUGCACAGUGGGUUCAGCUCUUGUUGGGUUGGAUUCAUUCAUCAUGUCGGUAGGUUUGUAAUGUAUUUUCAAAUUUGUGAAGUGAUCGUGACAUUAAAACCAAUAAAAGAAAUAA